CCAGAACUUCAGAGGACAGAUCAAUGUGAAUUCUUUCAUUCACCACUCACGGCAGCACAUUUCCCCAUACCAACUUUUUCAUGGCUCGAGUAAUAGUCAGUGUUUGGCUUCUGCUGGUGCUCUUCUGCUGCGUAUCCAAUGCCCAGAGCUGGAGGAAUUGGUUUUGGGGGGAUUCUGGAAAGACCACACUGGCUCCCACAAAAGCUGCCCAAGCUGAAGAUCAGACCAGCCAGGAGCUUUCCACCCCAGCGGCGACCACCAGCCCAAAGGCCCCCUUUGAAAGUACUACUGAUCCUGAACCUUUGGGGAAAGGGUGGAAUGUACUGACCCCGAAGCAACCAGACUUUACUACAGAUUCCCCUGCAUCUCCUUCCCAGGAGGAAGGCAGAGAAGGAAAUAUUGCAGGAGUGGGAGCUGAGAUCCUCAAUGUGGCUGAAGGCAUUCGGAAUUUGGUUCAGCUUUUGGAUGAAAAGACCACAAAGGGGACAGAGAGGACAGAGGUGCCUGCCACGACUGAGAUCAGCGCAUCACCUGCCCCUGUUACGGAGCUGGGGAGCAUCCAGAACAUGACUGACAACUUAAUGGGUGACGGACAAACCUCCCUGCAAACUAGGAAGCCAGCGGUGGUUCCCUCUGUGACAACGAAGUUCGCUCUUCUGUGGAACAGGACUCGAGUCCUCCUGAAGAAGCCUGGGAAACCACGUCAAGGUAGUGCUUCUUUCUCAUUUUCACCUGAUGAUCAUUUCAGUGGCACCAUGUUGGUUUUUCAAGAAUCUCCAGAAGUGGGGCAAGAAGGUGCUUUCAUCCCAGCAACAAGGGCGGCCUGGGGCGCUUUCUCAAAAAACCAAGGGAUUUUGUCCACUGCAAAAGCUCUGAAAUUGCAGGAGCCCCAGACCAGCAGCAGCAGCAGCAGCAGCAGCAGCAGCUUGCAUGCAGGAAUGCCGUCCAAGGUGGUGGGUGCUUUAGACAACGGGGUGCUGCCUUAUGUUCCAAAUUCCAGCCAGCCUCUCUCUAAAGUCAGUAGAGCACACCUCAGUUUUAAAAGCCACCCUUGCUUUAAGCAUUCUGGGAUAGCAGUAGCUGAUGCACAAACAAACCAUUCUAGUGGUUCAGCUUCUAAUUCCAGCGCAACUAAUUCUAUGGAUCCCCCCCCUGCCAAUCACUCUGACUCUUUUGAGUUUCUACUAACCUACGCUGUGCAACAUAGCAAUAGUAGUUCAGGGCUUGCCUCCUUCUUUCCUGGAUUGACUCCGACAGCUGGCCGGUGCUUGCCCUUACCAACCAAGCUGUCAUAUUGCAACCACCUGGGCAUGAAGCAUUUCCGAGUGCCGAAUUAUUUGCAUCAUAGCAGUGAGGAGGAAGUUCGGGCUGCUUUGCAUGAGUGGGAGGGGCUUCUUAAAUCUCGGUGUCACCGCUACUUGGAGUGGUUUCUGUGCUUGCUGCUGGUACCUGGGUGCAAUGCUUCUCUCCCGGUCACACCACCACCAUGCCGGGGAUUUUGUGAGGCCCUGAAAGAUCUGUGUUGGAUUCACUGGAAAGAGGGGCGCCUUCCUAUAUCCUGUGACUCUCUCCCAGCGGAGGACGGUCCAUAUUCAUGUGUAUUUGUAAAUGUUUCAGCAGGUAAUAAGGCAGGGCUAAUCGUCUCUUCUUAAUUCUUUCCCACCGUC